AUGGAGUCCCUGUUUAAGCCAGCACCUCUCCUCCUCAUGCUUUGGUGCUGCUGCAGUGCUCAGCGCAUUGACUACCUAUCUCCAAAUCUGGGAAGCAUCAAUGGAGCCACACGACUUACCAUAUCAGGAUCUGGUUUUGCCCAGGAGCGACAGUUCCAGCUGAAUCCAAUCGACGACACAUUUGGCAACCGUGUGACACUUGUGUCUGACACCCUGUCAGUCCCCUGUGAUGUGGAGAGGGACUCAACACACGGCAACAAGAUCACGUGUUACACCAGAGCCAUGCCAAGUGAUCAGUAUGUGGUCCACGUUAAUGUGGACGGUGUUCCCAUUCCUGACAGCAAUAUAUGUAGGGGCGCAUACAAACCAUACCAAUGCAGCAUCUAUACUCGCACGUAUCGCACGCCAACUAUCAGCUCUCUGAGUCCAGUCAGUGGCCCCCCAGGUACCUUGGUGACACUGCGUGGACAGAUCUUCUCUGAUGUGUAUGGAAGCAACACUGACAAGAGCUCCAAUGGUUACAAUGUCAGAUUUCUGAGAGCCUACAUGGGAGGGAUGCCAUGCGAGCUGCUUAAACCAGAGUCAGAUGAACUAUAUAACCUGCGACUGGACUCUAUAUACUCAACUUGGGGUUACAUGAGCUGCAAAAUGACGGGGACAUAUGUUGGUCAUCACAACUUGACUUACAUACUUGAUAAUGAUUUUGGAAGGAGUUUAGCAGACAAGAAACUGUUCCGGGUUUCAGCUUCGGGCAAGCUCUCCAUGUUUCAGACCUUUGCAGAGGUGACAGGAGUCUCCCCAUCCAGGGGAAGCAUCAUGGGUGGAACCCUGUUGACUGUCCAAGGGCGCUUCUUUGAUGAAACCGAUCACCCAGCACGUGUUCUCGUUGGAGGUCUACCUUGUGAAAUCCAAAGUGUGUCUGAUGACAGAAUUAUGUGCAGGACUGCCAUGCAGGAGAUGAACAACAACAUGACUGGCUACCCUGGUGGAAGAGGCUUGAAGAUGGAGGUGUGGAACAACACAAAUCCACGUUACCUGACUGACAUUCGCAGUUACAAAACCAGCACAAAUGGAUACUGGACACAGUGGAUUGACUCCAUGCCUCAAGUCUUUGCUGUUCCAUUUAAUUAUUUCAGCUCACGAUACAGAGGCUUCUUUGUUCCUCCAGCCAGCGCCAACUACACUAUUUACCUUCACUGUGACGACCGAUGUGAUCUAUACCUCAGCAACUCAAGUCGCCCAGAAUAUAUGGUUAAAGUUGCAUACCAGCCAUAUUAUGUCUCAGAUUACAAGCAACUGGAAUCACAAAAGUCUAAAGUUCUGGCUCUAGAGAAAGGAAAACCAUACUACUUGGAAAUUCUGCAUCAACAAUAUGGUGGUCAAGCUACUGUCAAUCUUGCCUUGUUUCAAGAGGAGAGUCCCUUUACAGAAGACCAGACAAACGAUGCUCUAAAUGAGGUUCAAAAUAUCGUGGCUGAAUAUGAUGUGUUCGAUGAGGAACAAGUGGUAACCUUUGAAUCCUGGCCCAGUAAUAUCACCAGGGUCAAAGAGGUCCAGACUGUUACUGUCAGCAGCAGCUGUGCCAGCAAUAUUUGUGGGAGCACCUUCAGCCUGGGCUACGGAGACGCAACAACUGGACCGAUCUCUGUUAGUGCCUCAGCAGAUGAGGUGGGCGCAGCCUUGAACAACCUCUGGUCCAUCAAACCUGACACAGUCCAGGUCACCAAACAGGGCGACAGUCAAGUGUCUCACUACACAGUCACAUUCAAUUCUGACAGAGGGGAUUUCAAACCUCUGCACUAUGAGGUUUUUGGCCCAGACACCAAUGUUUCUGUUGCGGAGGUUACAAAGGGGAGAAGCAACAUGAAGACUUUCACCCUGCUCUGGGGAGGAGUCCCAACAAAGCCCAUCGCUUUCAAUGCAAAUGAGUCAGAGGUCUGUUGUGUAAAAAAAAAGAAAAAUGCUGGAAGUCUCUCUUUCUCUCUCAAAUUCAGAAUCUACAAGCCUUUUUAUUCUCGACUCAGUGUAAUUGUGAUGAUAUCUGAAAGGCUUAAUUUGCAAAGGUGUUACAUUUGCAAAUGUGUUACAUGCAAACUUUACAGUUUCAUAAACAAAGCCAUGCCAAGUGAUUGGUAUGUGGUCCAUGUAAGUGUGGACGGUGUUCCCAUUCCGGACAGCAAUAUAUGCUGGGGCGCAUACAAACCGUACCAAUGCAGCAUCUAUACUUACACUUAUCGCACGCCAACUAUCAGCUCUCUGACUCCAGUCAGUGGCCCCCCAGGCACCUUAGUGACACUGCGAGGAAUGAUCUUCACUGAUGUGUAUGGAAGCAACACUGACAAGAACUCCAAUGGUUACAAUGUCAGAUUUCUGAGAGCCUACAUGGGAGGGAUGCCAUGUGAGCUGCUUAAACCGGAGUCAGAUGAACUGAGUUUAGCAGAAAAGAAACUGUUCCGGGUUUCAGCUUUGGGCAAGCUCUCCAUGUUUCAGACCUUUGCAGAAGUGACAGGAGUCUCCCCAUCCAGGGGAAGCAUCAUGGGUGGAACCCUGUUGACUGUCAAAGGCCGCUUCUUCGACCAAACCGAUCACCCAGCACGUGUUCUUGUUGGAGGUCUACCUUGUGAAAUCCAAAGUGUGUCUGAUGACAGGAUUAUGUGCAGGACUGCCAUGCAGGAGAUGAACAACAACAUGACUGGCUACCCCGGUGGAAGAGGCUUGAAGAUGGAGGUGUGGAACAACACAAAUCCACGUUACCUGACUGACAUUCGCAGCUACAAAACCAACACAAAUGGAUACUGGACUCAGUGGAUCGACUCCAUGCCUCAAGUCUUUGCUGUUGCAGUUUAUUAUUCCAGUUCACGAUAUAGAGGCUUCUUUGUCCCUCCAGCCAGCGCCAACUACACUAUUUACCUUUACUGUGAUUACCAAUGUGAUCUAUACCUCAGCAACUCCAGCCGCCCAGAAGAUAUGGUUAAAGUUGCAUCUAAAGUUCUGGCUCUAGAGAAGGGAAAACCAUACUACUUGGAAAUUCUGCAUCAACACUAUGGCGGUCAAGCUACUGUCAACCUUGCCUUGUUUCAAGAGGAGAGUCCCUUUACAGAAGACCAGACGGACGAUGCUGUAAAUGAGGUUCAAAAUAUCGUGGCUGAAUAUGAUGUGUUCGAUGAGGAACAAGUGGUAACCUUUGAAUCCUGGCCCAGUAAUAUCACCGGGGUCAAAGAGGUCCAGACUGUUACUGUCAGCAGCAGCUGUGCCAGCAAUAUUUGUGGGAGCACCUUCAGCCUGGGCUACGGAGACGCAACAACUGGACCGAUCUCUGUUAGUGCCUCAGCAGAUGAGGUGGGCGCAGCCUUGAACAACCUCUGGUCCAUCAAACCUGACACAGUCCAGGUCACCAAACAGGGCGACAGUCAAGUGUCUCACUACACAGUCACAUUCAAUUCUGACAGAGGGGAUUUCAAACCUCUGCACUAUGAGGUUUUUGGCUCAGACACCAAUGUUUCUGUUGCGGAGGUUACAAAUGGAAGAAGCAACAUGAAGACUUUCACCCUGCUCUGGGGAGGAGUCCCAACAAAGCCCAUCGCUUUCAAUGCAAAUGAGUCAGAGGUUCAGUCGGCUGUGGAGGACAUGAUGAAAGCCGAGUGUCCCAGUGAGAUCCUGACCACUGAAGGGACUGAUGUGAAAUACUUCAAGAACUUUGAAAAUAACAACUAUCAGUUCAUAGGGACUCCAGUGAAAAACUCUGCUUUCUGUGGCCUGUGGUCGCUGAAGAAUGCUGUGGUUCUUUUCAAGGACAGUUACACCAAAGAGACUGGUGGCUCCUACGGACCAGUUUCAUUGGACAAGCAUCCUACGGUUCAGUCGGCUAUGGAGGACAUGAUGAAAGCCGAGUGUCCCAGUGAGAUCCUGACCACUGAAGGGACUGAUGUGAAAUACUUCAAGAACUUUGAAAAUGACAACUCUCAGUUCAUAGGGACUCCAGUGAAAAACUCUGCUUUCUGUGGCCUGUGGUCGCUGAAGAAUGCUGUGGUUCUUUUCAAGGACAGUUACACCAAAGAGACUGGUGGCUCCUACGGACCAGUUUCAUUGGACAAGCAUCCUACGCUUUGCUUUGCACACAAGGGAAUAUUGAAGGAUGAAGUAGGAAUGAAAUUCACUUACCUCAACAGCCAAGGCCUAACCAUGACAGCGACCACAAAGAUCAACACUCUUUUCAAUAAGGGCCAAACAUGGAGUUACAAAUGCAUGGACCUGCAGAGCUCCCUGCAGACAGAAUACAUUGGAAACAAAUACAAUCUGCUGGAGUUUUACCUCUAUAAAGACGUCUCUGGUGCAGAUUUCUAUGUGGAUGCCAUAUACAUCGGAAAGAGCCCAACCACAAUUGAUGAAAAUGCCAUUCCCCUAAUGAGGAGGCCUCCACCUUUUGAGAGCUCUGGUGAUUCCUUUGAGUGGAUCACUGUCAACAAGGACACAUCAUCUGCUGCACAGAUCAGCUACAAGAUCAAAGCCAGACCAGUAGAAUGUGCAUUUGGGUUCCCACUGCUAGGAGUUGGCUUUCUGCAGAUGUCCAACAACAGCGAGGACACAGCUGAGUUUAGGGAGGGAGCAGCCACCGUCACCAUCAUUCGCCCUCACAGAGCCACCCCUCCUCUGAAUGGCACCUUUAACGUGGAGAUUUAUGGAAGUCGAGCUGAGGGUCUGUCGGUGGACAUUAGCGCGGCUGACCUGAAGUAUGCUCUGGAGGGAAUCUCAGGGAUGGGUGAGGUCAGCGUUACAAAGCAGGGAAGCUGCAGACGCCCCAAAUGGACGGUUAAGUGGCUCACAAAACCUGGAGACCAGCCUCUGCUCAAGGUUACAAACUUGUCAGUUGUUGGUGAAAACGCAGUUGUUUCAGCCAGGGAGAUUACAAAGGGAGGGCUGUUGAUGCGAAGCCUGACAGGGGAUUUUUUCCGUGUUUGGGAAACCAAACCACAGGUGGAGGUUUACAUCAAUGGCAUCCCUUCAAAGUGUUCUGGUGACUGUGGGUUUGAAUGGUCUGCGGACAUGACUCCAGUUGUGACUGGAAUCAGCCCAUCUCAAGGAUCUAACGGUCUGGGGACUCUUUUGACUGUGACUGGGACUGGCUUCAGUGGUGAAAAUGCCUCCAUUAUUGUGGGAAAUGCGAGCUGUCUUGUUGAGCAGAUCACAGCUACCACUCAGGUGUGCAGGCUGGGCAGCAACAGUGCUGGUACCUACCCUGUGUUGGUCAGCUUCCCAUCUCUGGGUAAUACACGCUACGCAGGCGACAGUAUGCUCAACUUCACCUACCAGCUCAUUGUUUCCUCUUUCACACCGCUCUCUGGAAGUGUGGCAGGAGGCACACUGCUGACAGUGAGAGGCUUCGGCUUCAACCAGAAUACCACAGUGUCUGUCGGCAGUGAGGAGUGCACAGUGGUUCUUGCCAGUGACACUGAGCUGAAAUGCAGAACACCAGCAGGAAUUGCAGGACCACAGACCGUCACACUGAUAGUGGGAAACAUGAGUCAAACAGCCAACGGCUCCUUCACCUAUGACAUUAACCUUACACCGCAGAUCUCAGGCCUGAGUCCCCUCACUACCACUGUGAUUGGACAUCAAGUUCUCACCAUUCAGGGUACAAACCUGGGAGGCCAAGACAAUGACAGCAUUGUGUCCAUAGGCAAAAAGGAAUGUGUCACCAUUCAGUGGACAACAACGAGCAUCACAUGUCUGCUGCCUGUACUGCCACCUGGCCUGUACAAGGUGGAUGUACAUGUUGGAAACAGUGGCUACCCCCAGACAAGCAACGGUGUGAAUGUCAGCAUUGAAUACAUCCUGGAAAUCCACAGCAUCUCCCCACUGUUUGGCUCCUUAAUGGGAGGAACCAGGCUGACCGUUUCUGGAUCUGGUUUCAGCAACAACACCUCUGACAACAAAGUCUCCAUUGGAGGAACUGAGUGUGAAGUAAAGGCCGCCUCAGAGAAUGAGCUGCAAUGUGUUGUGCAGUCAGAGGAGAAGACCCACAUCGUCACUAACCAGGGAUCCCACCGCAUUUACGGACAGGGGUAUGCAUGGAGUCCUGCCUCUCUGACCGUGUUUGUUGGAGACACAGUAAUGUGGCGCUGGGAGGCACCAGCCUUCCAGAGAGUCGGGUACCGGGUCUUCAGUGUUUCCAGCCCAAGUGGCACCACCUACGAAGGGGGACCAUUCAACAGUGGAGAGACCAAGACAGGAAAAGGCUUUUUUGGCUACCGUUUCACUGCACCCGGUGCGUAUUACUACAGCAGUGGCUACAUAGAUGAUGGCAAUGUCAGGCUUCUGCAGGGAGUCGUGAAAGUCGAGCCACGGGAAGAGAAGAGCAGUAAGGUCUCAGUCAGAUUUGGAGGCAUGGAGGCCAGACAAGUGACUGGAGGUUCACAUAACUUCUCCAGACCACACCCACAAUGCAUCGCCACUCCACAGUGCCAACAGACCAAUGAGACUGCAGACGAUCUUUCUUUCAGCUCCUCCACCUGCUUCACUCCCACAGUCCACUCCAUUUCUCCCAACCAGGAAUCAUACCACGAGCUAAUCCAUAUUCAGGGCAAUGGCUUCAGCAACACCGCCUGCGCUAAUGAGGUGACAGUGGGAGAUCAGCCCUGUCAGGUGAUCAACAGCUCUAACUCUGAGAUCAACUGCCAUCUCAGCUACAACAGUGAACUUCCUAUCGGUGUCGCUCUCCCCGUGGCGGUCAGAGUCAACAACCUUGGCAACGCCAUCAUCGCUGUACCAGACGAGCUCAGCCGCCGUUUUGUGGUUCUGCCUGUGGUCGAUUCUGUCUCACCACCUCUCGGCAGCCCCACCGGCCACACGCAGCUCCUCAUCCAAGGCUCUGGCUUCACUGAAGGACAGGUCACUGUAGCCAGUGUGCCGUGCACUGUUGUGUCAGUAAAUUACACCAAUAUCAUCUGUGACACCAAUCCUUCUCUGCCACACACCGGAGAUGUUGUCUUCCACAUGGGCAGGAUCCAAAGCUCCUGUCAUUCAGACUGCUCCUUCAUGUACUCUUCCUCUGUCACUCCCGUAGUCACUGGUAUUUCACCCAACAACAUCAGCAAUCUAACCACUGUUACCAUCUUUGGCUCAGGGUUUGGCAGCAACGUGGAUGACAUAGCAGUGUUUGCCAGCACCACAGAGCUGGAAGUCACCGCCGUGACUGAUGGCAACAUUUCUGUGAGAGUUAACGCUCUGCCUGCAGGCGUCCACUCUGUCAAAGUGAUUGUGAGAAGUAAAGGCCUUGCAUCCGGUUCUGUCACCCUGACCAGUCUCGCCCAAGCUGACCUCAACCCCAAUGUGGGCAGCCUGGCAGGAGGAACCUCUCUCAUCUUCACUGGAAACGGCUUUGCUCCAGGGAACACCAAGGUGAUGGUCGAUGGCCAACCCUGCAAGAUUCAGGAGGAGAUGCCGCGUCGGCUUAGCUGCCUGACUCCUCCUCACAGAGAGGGGCUGGUAACCGUCACCAUCCAGGUCUUUUCGUUGCAGUAUCCUCCUCUUUACUUCACCUACUCUGCAGCCAACACUCCGGUCAUCAGCUCCAUCAGCCCCACUACUGGGCCGAGCGGUGCAGUCAUCACACUGACAGGUUCAGGAUUUGGCAGUGACUCUCAGCAAAUCUCCAUCACCAUAAACAAUGUCCCCUGCAAUGUUACUUCAGUCUCUGACACACAGAUUCAGUGCACUGCAGGAGACAACCCAGGGGGGGCAUACCCAGUCAUGCUGCACCACCAGGUCAAAGGUCAUGCCCAGUCAGCUGUCAUGUUCAUGUAUGAGCUGACUCUGAGCAGCGUGCAGCCCAGUGAGGGCAGUUUUGGUGGCGGUGCUCUGCUGUCCGUGCAGGGUUCUGGGUUUGACCCGCACAACUCCACUGUGAUGAUCUGCGGUAAGGAGUGUGAAGUUCGCAGAGAAAUAUCGACGUCGAACAUUCUGUACUGCCAGUCUCCACUCAACAACGGCACUCGCUCACAGGUGAGCUGCGUGGUUGCUGUCUUUAAUCACCUGAAUGCCGUCAACAUAUCAAAUGGCUUUACCUACAAAUCUCAGUUGACUCCGGUGAUCACUGAAGUUUCUCCACGCAGGGGAGGAACUGCAGGAGGCACCCAGCUCACAAUUGCUGGCUCCGGUUUCAGCACUGACAUGAAUGAAGUCAAUGUCACCAUCGCAGGGUCUGUGUGUGAUGUUCAAUCCACCAACAACACACACAUCAUUUGUGUGACAAAUGCUCAGCAACAGUCUCAAGAAACCAAAGUCAGAGUCAGCGUCGGAGACCAAGGCAUCGCUAAGAUGGAUAAUGCAAGUUUCUUCUACAUUGACGUGUGGUCGUCCAGGUUCACGUGGGGUGGUCUGUCUCCACCUGAGGCCGGCUCGUUUGCUGUCAUCACUAAAGGCCAGACCAUCCUGCUGGACACCAGCACCCCAGUGCUGAAAAUGCUUCUUAUUCAAGGAGGGACGUUGGUGUUUGAUGAAGCUGACAUCGAGUUGCAGGCAGAAAACAUCCUGAUCACAGACGGCGGACGACUCCAGAUCGGCCAGGAGGGGGCACCAUUUCAACACAAAGCCAUCAUCACACUUCAUGGACACCUGCGCUCACCUGAACUUCCUGUUUAUGGAGCUAAGACGCUGGCUGUCAGAGAGGGAGUGCUGGACCUGCAUGGUAUUCCAGUUCCUGUCCCCUGGACCCACUUGGCCCAGACAGCAUCCAACGGUUCUGUCACACUGACCCUAAUGAAGGCAGUGACUUGGAAAGCUGGAGACGAAAUUGUCAUUGCUUCCACCGGCCACAGGCACAGCCAGAAAGAGAACGAGGUGAGGAGGAUUGCCGCUGUGUCAGCUGAUGGAAAGACUCUAACCCUGACCGAACCCCUCAAGUACACUCACCUUGGGGUUACCGUCACGCUGCCCAAUGGUACAGUGUUUGAGGGCCGAGCUGAGGUGGGUCUCCUCACCAGGAACAUCGUAGUACGAGGCUCCCAAAACCAAGAAUGGAACGACAAUAUCGCAGCCUGCCCCGAUGGCUUCAACACAGGUGAAUUCGCCACCCAAACCUGUUUUCAAGGAAGGUUUGGAGAGGAGGUUGGCAGUGAUCAGUUUGGAGGAUGCAUCAUGUUUCACGCACCCAGACCAAAUGAGAAUCUUGCCAUUGGCAGACUGGAAUAUGUUGAGGUCUUCUAUGCAGGACAGGCCUACAGGCUAGGACGUUAUCCCAUCCACUGGCUGACGCAGUCUGUGGACUGGCAGGUUGGAGAGGAGGUCGGCAUCUCCACCACCAGUUACAAUGCCUGGGAGACAGAAAAACGUCAGAUAACAGCCGUGUCAGCAGACGGCCGAGUCCUGACCCUGAACCAGCCUUUGACCCACACUCACAUCAGUGAGACUCACUCUGUCUCAGGCACAUCAUUCUCCUACACUCUGGCAGCUAAUGUUGCUCUCCUGACCAGAAACAUUAAGAUCAUCGGUCAGGAGUAUCCAGAGAUGAUGCAGGAGUCAUUUGGGGCCAGACUUUUGGUGGGCACCUACUCCUGGGCUGGUAUCAACUAUAAAGGCAAAGCUCAGAUCAGGAAUGUGGAGUUCUUCCACUCUGGUCAGGAAGGCUGGACCGACAACACCGACCCUCGUUAUUCUGUAGCUUUCCUAAACCUGGGAAAGGUUUCAGGAGACACAAUUCAAGGUUGUGCUUUCCACGAGGGCUUCUCUCCAGCCAUCGGAGUCUUUGGAACAGAGGGACUUAACGUUGACAACAACAUCGUCCAUCACACUGUGGGAGAAGGUAUCAGAAUUUGGGGCAACAACAUAACCGUGAGGUGGAACCUGGUGAUGAUGACUCGAGUGAAGUCCUUCAACUUAGCCUGGAACGCUGCCAUUGAGGUCAAUGAGGGGACAAAUGUGGUGCUGCAGAAUAACAUCGUGGCAGGCUACGAGAGAGUCGCUUAUCGCAUUGAUGGUGAACCCUGUCCAGGUUAUUUUAACGGGAAUCAGAAGUGGAUUAAUAACGAGGCUCACGGUGGUCUGUUCGGAGUUUAUCUCAACAAAGACGGUUUGCCCGGCUGCAGUCUCAUCCAAGACUUCUUCAUCUGGAGGAGCUUUGACUACGGCAUUUACUUUCAGACCAUCACUGAUGUUGUUGUUUCCAAUGUGACCCUGGUGGACAACGGGAUGGGCAUCAUGCCGCUCAUCUUCGCUCCUCCUUCUCUCUCUCACUCAUAUGCGGAUAAAACUGUAACCAUUCAGGAUGCCUUGAUUGUUGGCAGCAGCCCGAGCUUUAACUGUUCAGAUACUUUGCCUUCCACUGUUUUUAACAGUAAUGGACAUCGAGCCCCAAGACCUCUCAAAGGUGGCAGAUCUGGAAUCUGUUGGCCGACUUUUGGAUCUCAACACAACAGUGCUCCAGUGGUGCCCCAUCAUCUGAACAACAACUACAAUGCCAUCAAAGGACUGAUGAAAGUCAAAGACACAACAUUCGUCGGUUUCCGAAACGUCUGCUCCAGUGAGACAAACUUCAUGUUCAUCACCAACCCACUCAACGAGGAUCUGCAGCACCCUGUGCAGGUUUCAGCCAUCAGGAUGAUUGACAGCACAGAGGAGGCCAAAGUCUUUGUCCACAGGCCAGAUCUGAGUAAAGUGAACCCGUCUGACUGUGUGGACAUGGACUGCGAUGCGAAGAAGAAGAGCUUGUUGAAGGACUUGGAUGGUUCGUUCCUGGGUGCAGUGGGAGCUGUAGUGCCUCAGUCUGAGUACGAGUGGGGAGGUGAUCCCAGGAGGGGGCUGGGCGACUACCGCAUCCCAAAAGUCAUGCUCACUUCCCUCAACGGCAGCCGCAUACCUGUGAACAAGAUCGCUCCACACAAAGGUGUGAUCAGGAAAGACUGCAUGUACAUGAGUUCCUGGCAGAGCUACAAGUGUUUCGGGCUGAACUACAGGAUGCUGGUGAUUGAGAGUCUUGACUCUGACACAGAGACCAGACGUCUGUCCCCCGUCGCUGUGCUCGGAGAUGGCUUUGUAGAUCUGAUCAACGGUCCUCAGGAUCACGGUUGGUGUGCGGGGUACGCCUGUCGAAAGAGAGUGUCUCUCUUUCACAGUAUCGUGGCCAUUGGACACUCCUUUGACGUCUUCUUCACCAGCGUCAGCCCUCAGAAACUUCGCCUCAUGAUGCUCAGCGCUGAAACAUCUGAGAGCAUCAUGGUGUCAGUCUUCUACUCCAGUCCGCAGCGGUUGGAUGUGUAUGUUAACAACAAGCUGAUGGCUCCGACUAACGCCGACUGGAACGCUGCCAACACUGACUAUACCCUGAAGGAGCCCCUUUAUGCAGAUCAAUAUGUUCCCCAGCUGAAUGCCACUGUGGGCACUAACUAUUUCGACCAGAACUACAAAAUGCUGAAGAUUGUGCUGAGGGGCUCCACACCGGUGGAGAUUAGAACCUCCCCAGUUCUCUUCAUCUCCUUCAAUCUGCCCGCCAUGACCGAGGCAGAGUUCUUUGGAGAUAACCUGAUCCGCAACCUCGCUGCGUACCUCAAAGUUCCCCCAAAUAUGAUCCGUAUCACCAAGAUCAUCCGUGAGGGUGGAGGCGCACGACGGAGGAAGAGAUCCACAGGCCUGACGGUGGAGGUGGAGCUCAAGAAACCUCCAGUCCAGCAAACCACUAACAGCACUAACAAUGAGGAGGACUUCACGUUGCUGAAGAGCAUUGCUGAAAAUCUGGGUCAGGCAGCAGUUACUGGAAAUCUCAGUCAGUCCAUCGGCUUCAACGUGUCUUCGAUGGGCAUCAUCCCACCUCCUCCUCUAACAUCUGACCCCAGCUGGAAUCAGGAGGCCACAGCAGAAGUGACGAGGGAGCAGCCUAAAAUGAGCUACGUGUCCCGCAUAUCCAAGCUGUUGCUGAUGGUGGAGCCGAUAUCCGGGGAGUUUGUGGGUCCUCUGUACCAGCAGCCUAAUCUCAUGGCUGUGGAUGAGCAGGGUAACUGUGUCUCUGUUGGAGUGACAACUCUGACUGUAACAGCCAGCCUAAAGGACUCCAGUGGGAACAGCGUAGGUGGGCUGGAAGGUAACACCACCAUCCUCUUCAGCACCUGCUGGGCAAACUUCACAGACCUGUCCAUUCUCAGCAGCGGUGAGAACCUAACCAUGGUCUUCACUCUGAAGGAGUGGGGCACUGAGUCACGCUCCUUCACUAUUAAAAACACUCCAACCACCCAGACCCCAUCAAACUCCAGCAACGUCACUGAGCCAGCAUCCACUUUGUCCACCUCAACCACAAGCAAACCACAGUCCACCCCUGACGAGAGCAUCUUUGGCUCCAGCACCGCCAUGUCUGCUGGCAGUCUGUGUCUGGUCAGCGUUGUCUACGCUGUGGCCUGCUGCUCAGACCUCAUCCCGAUAUUCUAGAUAUGUCUGUGAACCUAGGGUUUUAUGAAGAAUACCUCAUCUUAUAUCCCCCGUAACACGAAUAAGUGUGCUAAAUAAGACAAAUGUAAUCUUUAAAUAUAUUAUACACAGGGCUGGUGUUUAUUUUUUUUUGGGGGGGGUCAACUUUUAUUAAUAUUUACAUAAAGUCACCAUGACUUUUGAGUUUCGUUUUAUCAUGUGUAAAUGUCUGUUUCAUAUGAAUAGGUUACACCAGAGCUGGUAAUUAUCAAGCUUCUCAAAGUACCAUUUUAGUCUUAAGUGCUGAAAAUUCAUGAAAUUUACUCCUACUUCGACAGCUCCAGAGGUUUCUCAAGUAGUUAGGAGUUGCCAGUAGGGGCUUGUAAUGGCACCUUGGAGACAGACGAGCAAAUAUUUCAGGAGAGGAGGAAGGUUUCUGAAUUAUUUGACGACGCACACUUAAUUAGACGGGGUCAGACAGCGCAGGCAUAUUCUUUGUCAGCGAGUUAGUGAGGGACGUUAUCUCACCACUGACUUUACGCAGUAAUAUGUUUUCAGCUAAAUUGAAGGUUGUGAUGACGCUUUGUUUAUUUGCCACAAGAAAAAAAAUACAGCAAUGCUAAUGAUUUUGGCCCGUCACAGCCAUCAAUAAGCAGACUUCCCAACAACACUCCGCUUAAUUCGACAGAAGCAAACACAAUUCAUGCAAUAGCUGGCUUCCCAGGAGUAUAGGUGCAACUGAUGGCAUUUACUGUAUAUAAAGAUCAACUUUUUAUCUUUAAUUUCCAAUGUGUGCGUAGCCUAUGUACAUAGGCUAAUGUAUCCUCUUAAAAAUUCUUAAUUGUCAAAUGUCUGUUGUAUUUAAACUCCUCUUAGGAAUUUCACCAUUCACUGUGAAUGUAUCUGAGAAUAUUCUUAAAUAAGGAAAUCUAUUCAGUGAUUGGUCCUUGACUACAUCGUCAUCCAAUAUCCUGUUUGCAGUGAAUCAGCACCAAGACUGACACUAAAGGUUUAGUCCUACACUUCACUCAAAUUAAAAGUGGGGUGCUUGAUAACUAACUUCAAAGGAAUAUUUUUUUUUAGUCUUAAGUAAAUUCUUACUUAAAGAGUAAUUCUGAAAAGUUUGAUAAAUACGGGCCCAGGUCUAAGAUUCACAUAGACUUUCUAUUUUAAAACAGGUGCAGUAGGGUUUAUUAGGCUACUUGAAUCUUUAACAAGAUGAAAGAAGAUGUGACGUUUGCAUUUUGUUGAUGAUUGUUACUUUGAAACUUUACUCUUC